AUGUCACCUGCUUCAUUGGCACUAUUUUGGUGUUUGUUCACUUUUUGGACACUUAUACCAGCUGUAUAUCUUGACGAAGAGGAACUGAAUGAAACUGUCAUUUGUACCAAUGAGCACAUACAAGUAUUGAUUCCAAGUGCCUUCUUUCUCAGCAAGGAUCCUCCAGUUUAUAUUUGGGAUUUGCACCUAAAUGACCCAGAGUGUCGAGGAGCUCAGAUUAAGGAGGACUAUGUCUUCACUAUUAAGACUAAUUUUACAGAUUGUGGCACCAAUACACCCUGCAGAGUAUCUCGCAGCCGUACCAUUGCAGAGAAGAUGAGUUUCACUUUGGCAGGAUACCCUUUAAAUGCCCAUCAAAUGGUCAUACAAAUUACCUACCAGCUAUCAGCAUCUGACAAUGAUUACAUAAUGUUUACCAAUACAAUUCACAAUAAUGAAACAGAGAUCAUCACAAGGAGCUAUGUCAACAUUACAUUUGGAUGUCGAUACCCUCUAAACUAUAUGGUCCAGCAACCUAAUGGGGAGAACAUGAUCCAAGUUAAUGUCAGGACCAUCACACUGAACACAGAAGAUGGAAAUUUCUCUGUGUCCAUGCUGCUCUAUAAAGAUGAGGACUUUGAAGAUAAAUGGACCACUGUUCCCUCUUUGAUGCUUGAAGACAGCAUCUAUGUGAAAAUUUACAUGAUACCAGGUAAUUUGAUUCUCAGAGCAGAGAGAUGCUGGGCCACACCGAACAAUGAUCCAUACAGCAAUAUCCAGUAUACGUUCAUCAAAGACAGUUGCCCAUUGCUGGAAACUGACCAGACAUUAGAAGUGAUAAAGAAUGGACAAGGCCCAGAGGCUCUGUUUAGGAUCCAGAUGUUCAAGUUUGUGGGCAGUUCGUAUACUGACAUUUUCCUCCACUGCAACGUCCAGAUCUGCCACAGCAGUGCAAGAGCAUGUCAGGCUUUGCAGAACUGUUCUGUUGAGAAUUCAUCAUCACGUUCACGCAGGGAUGUUACUAUGUCUCACACUGUUUCCUAUGGACCAAUAAAAAAACUUCAAGUUACCCCUGACCAAAGUCCUACAGAUGUUAGUGUGCCCUCAGUGGAAACCUUUGUACUUGGAGGAAUGUUGGUGGUUCUGCUGCUUAUUACUGGUGUGUUUGGGAGAUUGUGGCUACUAAGCAGACGAUCCUAUCCACCCCAAGAGGCCCAGCUUACCCUGUCCAAUAUCCACCACAUUUCAGAUGUGGCCACCUAA